AUGAUCAGUGUUCAACCUACAAAGAUUAUUGCUUUACUUAUUCACAUUCUUUAUGUAAUUUUCAGGUAUGAAUUAUAUGAAGAAAGUCUGGAAGAUCGCCAUAAUGAUGGAUUAUCAGAAACUGUAUCAAAUACCAUAGAAUCAGAAAAUUUGACAGAUGUGGUUUCAUCUGCAAGAACAGAUCAUGGCACAAUAGCCACUCACAAUCUUCACGUUGGCCAAGUCGAAGGCGUCAUUACCACAGCUCCAUCUGUUCAAGUUAUACCACAAUUAGCAUGUCCACCUGUCACUUAUACAUUAGCAUAUCCAACAGCACCAUAUGGUUAUAUGCAAAGUGUAACUCCAUUUCCACAUUCACCAAUGCCUUUACAUGCAGCUUAUGUUCCAUCUCCGGCAGCAUAUCCAUAUGGUGCUCUUACUAAUUUAUCUUAUUAUACUCCAAGUGCUACAAGUACAACUCAUCUUCGUCAUUCUACACCUGGAUUAUAUACCAACCAAGUAGUUGGAGUUCCGGUAUCUAGAGCUCAAUCUGUUUUACCUCUGGGUGGUCAUGCUGUUAUGGCUACACAAUCGCCACCAACUCCAGCAAUACCAUCUCAACAACAACAGAUACAAAAUCCCAUUUCACAACUCAAUCAGCAGCAGAUGGGUUAUUUACUUGCUGCUUAUCGAGUGGGCAUGCUAGCUAUGGAAACACUUGCCCGCAGAGUGCACGAUGAUAGACCACAAGCAAAAUAUGCUAGAAACCCACCUUAUGGAGAGGAUGUUAAAUGGCUCUUGAAUGUAGCCAAAAAAUUAGGUAAGUAAAAUUAUUGACUGUUUCCAAUAAUUACAGAUUGACCAUCACUAAUCCAGCAUCAUUGGGACUUGUAGGAUGCUGGAUUACAUAUGGUUAGGUUAGAAUAC